AUGGGUCAAAAUGAUUCUAAUUACGUCCAAGGUCAUUUUGAUCCACAUAAAGAGAUCGAUAAAUAUGACUUAGAUGAUUCUACAUUUGAUUUAAUAAAUAUAGACAAGUUUCAUAAUACAAAGGCGUCUACAGUAUUUUCGUUUAUGUUUAUUUGGAUAUUAAUGAUGCUAUCAUGGGUUUUGCUUGCGGUCGAUAUCUAUACGUGCUUGAAUAUAUUGGUGUUUCAUAGGUGGUCCAAUGACGACUACAAGCCAUACGCGUAUUCCGUAGCUAAAUGGAUAUUUACGGGGUGUAUUAUAUUUCAAUUUUUAUUGCUAAUUUACCAUUGGAUUUGGGCGAUUCAUACGUUUCGUACCAAGAAUAUUGCACUUACUUAUGUGAACUGGAUUGCCCGUUUGCUUUACAUUAUCAGGUCGUAUAAUUAUCACUGCUUGUUUCACCAAAUCGAACAGGACAAUUUCUUUGAUUGGGCUUGCUUUCUAAGCUACGAUGAGUUGGACCAUGCUCUACAAAUCCUAGUAGCUGAUACACCAAGACAAGUUAUCAAUAUCUUAACCUUACGAUACUAUGCGACAGACGGUGAUAUACUGAACGAUAUUAUCCGGAACAUUAAAAAAAUAGCCACUAGCAAUUUAAGAUUGUCGAUUAUUUUAUCAUUCAUGUGUCUCUCGUUUGCCAUUUGGUCCAUUUUCUUUUUCAAGUUUUUGUUAGGGAUGAUUUUGUACAUUCCCGUAAUGGUUAAAUUGCGUAAAAGGAACUAUAAAUCAUUGAAAAAGUACUGUUGUGAUGUGGUGAAUGAAAAUGUAAGGGUCUUGGUGCUUAAGAAUCAUAAGUCAAAGAAGACGUUACUUGAAGAAGGUAUUGUGGAUAUCAAAGAUAUUAAUACAAACCCCUUACUUUCAUCUUCGACUACUACUUUUGACUUUGAUUAUAAACCUGAAGAUAUGAGUCGAACUGCUGGCCAUCAAAAUUCGAGAAAUAUACCUGUACCUUCGGCUAUACACGAAGUAAAUUCUGGUUAUCGUUACAAUGAUAAUUAUAAAUUAUUCAAUAAAGGCGCUACACAUACAUAUGAAUCUUUGCCGCUUGAUGACCUUUCUUCACAAUACCAUGUCGUCAGGCCUUCAGUCCCCCAAUCGUAUAUUCCAUCAAAUCUUCAAAGAGCAUAUAAUACCAACGAUUCCAACUACUCUUUUACAAACCCAUUUGAUGAUAAUAAUAAGAUGACAAGCAGAGAUAAUUUGAUAUUUACUAGAUCUGCAAAUGCACCAAGUAGAAAGAAACCACCUACGGAAAAGGACCCAUUUGAUGACGACGCAGCUAUAAGUUUGAACGAUUCAUUUGAUAAGUCGCAGCCAUUAGCGCAAAGGAGGUCUUCCAACAGUUCGCUAACUGAUACGUCUUAUCAUCCAUCUAGAACGACUGGAAAACAACAGUCUCAGUCUUCUUUAGGCUACUAUAGUCCAGCAAAAUCUGAGUUAGAACCAUAUUCGAUAACUCAUUCGAACUCAACACACAUACCGUAUCCAUUAAGAGGUGUUUCAAUGUAUGGCCCUGAUUCGGAACAUGAAGAAAGUAGUGAUAGAGAUAACGAUAAAUUCGAAAAAGUGUCAUCCAGUUCAGAAACUGGAUACCAAGUAGAGUCAAGAUCAAGUACAGAUGAUGACACCAACUUUGCAUAUAAUACGCACCAUUAG